UCCUACUCAGGAUUAUACUGAUGAGCAGAGUGUGGCAAGCUGGAGCUAUAUAGAGAAGUUCUCUGACAACGUGGUAGAAAUAAAGCCCAAGAUGAGGCUCAUUUUUUGCUGCAGUGCUUUACUUCUGCUCAUCCUUAUCCCCAGAGCCUGUCAGUGUGGCAACAUCUUGGUCUUGCCUGUUGAAGGCAGCCACUGGAUAAACAUGGAUAUUCUACUUCAAGCUUUACACUCCAGAGGACACAGUAUAACUAUUUUGCGUUCAAGCAAAAGCUGGUACAUCAAGGAAAAUUCCCCUUAUUACAAAAUAAUUACAGUUCCAGUGGAGAAGAGUUUAGAUAAAACAUUCAUUUCAAGAAUUGUAUCUCACUUAAUAGAAUUUGAACGAGGGGCUCAACCCUUGGUUCAAUUUUUCCACAUGACUGUAGGGAUUUUCAGUGUCUUUGUUGAAGCACACAAAGGUGUGGCUGGACAUGUAACAGCGAUACUCGACAACAAGGAAUUGAUGAGAAACUUGAUGGACAGCAAGUUUGAUCUGCUACUCACUGACCCCUGUUGGGGUGGUGGAGACAUCUUGGCCAAAUAUUUAAACCUUCCUGUGGUGUAUAAUGUUCGCUGGCUAAUAGCUGAAGAGGCUCAUCUUGCCAUUGCUCCUUCACCCAUAUCCUAUAUUCCUAUUACAGGAUCUGGAAACACUGACAAGAUGAGCUUCUUUCAGAGAGUUAAAAACAUGGUUUUACAUCUAAUAACCCAAACACAAAACCAUCUGCUGAUCAAAGAAGUAUACCAGAAAUUAUGUGAUAAAUACCUUGGACCUGAUGUUGACUAUAAACAGGUAAUGACUGACGCUGACAUUUGGCUGAUGAGAGUGGACUUCGUGUUUGAUUAUCCUCGGCCCACCAUGCCUAACAUUGUGUACAUGGGAGGGUUCCAGUGUAAACCUGCUAAACCUCUACCUCAACACUUGGAGGACUUUGUUCAGAGUUCUGGAGAGCAUGGAGUCAUCAUCAUGUCUCUGGGGACUUUUGUGAAUGAACUUCCUGCUGAUUUGGCAAAUGAGAUCGCUGCUGCUUUUGCUAAAUUACCUCAGAAAGUCAUCUGGAAGUAUGCUGGUGACAGACCAGCCACUCUGGGUAACAACACCUUAAUGGUUGACUGGAUGCCACAGAAUGACCUGUUAGGACACCCUAAGAUCAAACUGUUUGUUGCUCAUGGAGGAACAAACGGAGUCCAAGAAGCUAUUUAUCAUGGAGUCCCAGUUGUUGGCAUCCCUGUGUUUUUUGACCAAUACGACAACCUGCUCCGUCUGAAAGACAGAGGAGGAGCGGAGAUUCUUACAUUAGCUACAUUGGACAAAGACGACAACUUCCUGAAGGCCAUCCAGGAAGUCCUGAACGAGCCCUCCUACAGGAUGAACAUGCAGAGACUGUCCAGGCUACACAGAGAUCAGCCAAUAACACCACUGGAGCGCGCCCUCUUCUGGAUAGAGUUUGUCAUGAGGCACAAAGGUGCAGCUCACCUGAAAGCAGAGUCGAUCAGGAUGCCCUGGUAUUCCUACUACUCUGUAGACGUAGCUCUCUUCUUGGGUGGAGCUAUGUUGCUCAUACUUUUAACUGUUUUCAUCUUUAUUAGGUGUUUAUUCACUGCAAUGUGUAAACGUAAAGUGAAACAUGACUGAAUCAAAACAGUGUGUAUACAUGCACGGCUUAACUGAGCUACACCCGAAAUUUGAUGUACCCUAUCCCUCAGGUGUUUCCCUACCGACUCUGUUUACUUUCUUCUUCUGUGACCAGCUUUCUUGGAUGUUUUUGUUCUGGGGUCAUACAACAGCGCGAUGGCCGUGGAGAAUGCAUGCACGCAUUGUCUAGUUAUCACCAAUUAAUGCGUAUACAUGCUGGGGGGAAAUCAAGGGUCCCAGUGGGUUGGCAGGGGCCUGAGACACCUCUUAAAAGUGAAUAAAAAUAAAAUAAAUAAAUAAAUCUGUCUCAUACGUCAUACGAGAUCUGUCUUCCCAAUCCCUCCUCCUCCUCCUCCUCCACUAUCCUCCAUUAUAGUGAUUAUCAUCACUAUUAUUCAUUGUUUUGUAUAUGUCUGUUUUGUUAUUUCUUUAUUUUUGUAACUAAUUGUUAAUAAGCUUUAUAUUACUUACACACUUUUAUAAUAAUAAUAUAAUAAUUAUUAUUACAUUGUUAUUGUAUUCAUAAUCUGCUGGUAAACAUGUAAUUAUCAAAUAUAACACCAUGAAUGGUCUCACACACACAUGCACGCACACACACAUUGUUCACACUUGUAUUGUCUAAUUAAAAUAAAUAAAUAAAAAAUGUCCAGUUCAAGUCGUUUUAAGGCAAUAAUUCCCUUUUUCGUGUGCAUGUUAAUGUACUAAUAUACUGUCGAUUAUGUGUAUAUAAUAAAAUGAAAUAACCAUA